UUCCAUUUCACAUUGAUCAUGUCCGAAGGUGAUGCGACUCCGCAUGCCACUGUGUUUGAUGCCCGUUCCUUGGUUUAGCGGUAACUCUUCCGCGUCAAUGAGCGCGUGUUUUACGCGCUGCACACAUAUUUCAAAGACACGCUAGCCUGAUGUACUAUGUAUAAAUGGUACUUAAGCUAUCGCUUGCUGCUAUCGUUUAUAAUUCAGUUCCCCCGCAUCGUCAAUUCGUCGAGAGAUGACUUCUCGUGUAUUUGCUCUGUUAAUUGGUAUCGACGAUUACAAAUCCGGAAGAAUCUGGAACCUUGAAGCGUGCGCCCACGAUGCGCAACGCAUGAAACAAUGGCUCAUGCAAGAUCUCCAAGUACCCAAAGAAAACAUCGCGCUUCUCCUCAACCAAGAAGCCACGAAACAUCGUAUUGAAGAUACAUUCAUGAGUCACCUUGUUAACAAUCCUGCUAUAUCACAAGGCGACGCGUUGAUUGUAUAUUUUGCUGGUCAUGGAAGCACCCUGCGCGCACCACCAGACUGGUGUGAGGGUAAGCUUCUCAGCGUGCAGGUCUUGUGUCCGUACGACCACGACACAAAAGGACCAGAAGGACGUGUAGCAGGCAUAUCUGACCGCUCCCUUUUCGCGAUGCUGGCAGAGCUCAGCCUCAUCAAAGGUGACAACAUCACCCUCAUUCUCGACUGCUGUUUUCCAAAUGCACAACUUGGCUCAAGCACUAGAGACCGCCGUUUCGUCCGCUACACGCCCACCUCUAAAGCCACGCCCGAAGAUCUAUUUUUGGGCUUGUGGCAAGGCGCUGUUGGGCAGAAGUUUAGAGGAGAAUUCGGAUUCUUCCAGGACGACUGUCAGAGUCACGUCCUCCUUGCCGCCUGCCGGCCGGGUGAGAAGGCAUUGGAGUGGAAGGAAGGAGGAAAGUUCACCUCGGAACUUCUGGCUGUCAAGGACGCACUCCCUCUUCAUCAGAUGAAAUCUUCCGAUUUAUCAGAGCAUCUUACGAAGGGCUUGGCCCACAUUCAUCAACACCCAGUCUGCGUUGGCCAACGCAAGGACCGAGUUAUCUUCAAUGGUGUCCCCUUUGUUGCCGACGCCUCCCUUGUUCCCGUUAACGGCGAAAAAGACCGCCUUCGUCUGGAAAUGGGGGCCAUGCAUGGCGUUGUUGAGGGCACCGAAUUCAGCCUUCACGAGCACAAUCGCUCUGGCUCCACCAAUCCGUUACUCGAUAACUUCCGCGUGUAUGAAGUUUACCCUACGUGGUCACUUGCUAGGCGCAAGAGCAUGAACAAACCUGGCGGUCGGGGUUCAUGGGCACGCAUUACUCGAUGGAACAGCCGCACCCCUUUCCGAGUUUACGUCAAGAGAACAUGCUCUUCUCUUUUCAGGCGCCUCUUUGGGCGCAGCAAGAAUUCAGAAGAAGAACUGGACGGAAUCCCUGUAAAGGAAGGCUUGAAUAUCGUGCAAGUCGAGACUUCUGCUGAGGCGGACAUGUCGGUUGGUGUUCACACUCGAGACGUACGGGUCCAAAAUCUUGAUCACCUCGUUCCUGCCACUGCCCACCCACUUAUACGCAUCGAGAAAGAUAGGUCCAGAUCUGGCGUCAUCCUCAGCGAAGCCGCACGCUUCCACAUGCACCUCCACCGAACCAAUCCGGCUAAACCGUUUCACGAAUCACUGGGGAUGGAAAUUUUCCGGGUUGACCCCCACACCCAGCGACGUGUUGGCCCAAACCUGUUCGUCGAUGGAACGGCAGCAAUAUCGCACAGUGAGGGAGCACGCUACGCCGUAGUCCUCCACAAUCACUCAGAUACGGAUCUCUGGCCGUAUCUGGCUUAUAUGGACUCCAAUGGAGUUGACAUCCAGUUGCUAUACCACCCUCAGCCAUCGUACCCUAUGCCCCCACUGCGGAAGCGCAGCUAUCUUGAAAUAGGCUGCAUGGGCAGUGGUAUUCCGCCUCUGAAUUUCCCAUUUCCUCAUAACCAGCAGCAAGAGUCUGCUUUCUUAAAGUUGUUCGUCUCUACUUCGUACACCUCGAUGGGGUUAUUGGAGCAAAGCUCUUUGGCGCAUACCUGUCCGCCCACACCCGUCCCGCCUCCUACACCCACAGUAGAAUCGAAAGAUCAACCGCAAAACUGGGACACCGCACUCGCAUGUGUCAUCAUGAGAAGGGUGAAAAGGAAAGAUCGAAUAUGAACCAUAUGUAAUUUCGCUUGUUCUGGAUGAGUGGAAAGUUAUC